AGAGUAACGGAAGUGACCCGUCCCCUUCCUCUACCGGUUUAACGCUAGUCGAACCUUCUGGGGACUUAUCUGGCGCAGGGCAUUGUGGGGUUGCUGGGCGGCCCGGAGGCUGAGCUAAGGAGAGGAGUAGCGGGCCACAGAGGACGCUUCCAAAAUGAUGCCCACACCAGUUAUCCUGUUGAAAGAGGGGACUGAUAGCUCCCAAGGCAUCCCCCAGCUUGUAAGUAACAUCAGUGCCUGCCAGGUGAUUGCUGAAGCCAUAAGAACCACCCUGGGCCCCCGUGGCAUGGACAAGCUCCUUGUGGAUGGCCGAGGAAAAGCCACAAUUUCUAAUGAUGGGGCCACAAUUCUGAAACUCCUUGAUGUUGUCCAUCCUGCAGCAAAGACUUUAGUGGACAUUGCCAAAUCCCAAGAUGCUGAGGUCGGUGAUGGCACCACCUCAGUGACCCUGCUGGCUGCAGAGUUUCUGAAGCAGGUGAAACCCUAUGUGGAGGAAGGCUUGCACCCGCAGAUCAUCAUCCGAGCUUUCCGAACUGCCACCCAGUUGGCAGUUAACAAGAUCAGAGAGAUUGCCGUGACCGUGAAGAAGGAAAAUAAAGUGGAGCAGAGGAGGCUGCUGGAGAAGUGUGCCGUGACUGCUCUGAGCUCCAAGCUGAUCUCCCAGCAGAAAGCCUUCUUCGCGAAGAUGGUGGUGGAUGCAGUAAUGAUGCUCGAUGAUUUGCUGCAGCUUAAAAUGAUUGGCAUCAAGAAGGUGCAAGGUGGAGCCCUAGAGGAGUCCCAGCUGGUAGCUGGUGUUGCAUUCAAGAAGACUUUCUCUUAUGCUGGGUUUGAAAUGCAACCCAAAAAGUACCACAACCCAAAGAUUGCCCUUUUAAAUGUGGAGCUCGAACUGAAAGCUGAGAAAGAUAAUGCUGAAGUCAGAGUCCACACCGUUAAGGAUUAUCAGGCAAUUGUCGAUGCUGAGUGGAACAUUCUGUAUGACAAGUUAGAGAAGAUCCAUUCUUCCGGAGCCAAAGUCGUCUUGUCCAAACUCCCUAUUGGGGAUGUGGCCACCCAGUACUUCGCCGACAGGGACAUGUUCUGUGCUGGCCGCGUGCCAGAGGAGGAUCUGAAGAGGACGAUGAUGGCCUGUGGAGGCUCCAUCCAGACCAGCGUAAAUGCUCUGACAGCAGAUGUGUUGGGCCACUGCCAGGUCUUUGAAGAAACUCAGAUUGGAGGCGAGAGGUACAAUAUCUUCACCGGCUGCCCCAAAGCUAAGACUUGCACCAUCAUCCUCCGCGGUGGCGCUGAGCAGUUUAUGGAGGAGACAGAGCGAUCCCUGCACGACGCCAUCAUGAUUGUUAGGAGGGCCAUCAAGAAUGAUUCAGUGGUGGCUGGUGGUGGGGCCAUUGAAAUGGAGCUCUCCAAGUACCUGCGGGACUACUCCAGGACCAUUCCUGGAAAGCAGCAGCUGCUGAUUGGAGCCUACGCCAAGGCCUUGGAAAUCAUCCCACGCCAGCUGUGUGACAACGCUGGCUUCGAUGCCACAAACAUCCUCAACAAGCUGCGGGCCCGGCAUGCCCAGGGGGGCGUGUGGUACGGGGUAGACAUCAACAACGAGGACAUUGCUGACAACUUCGAGGCCUUCGUGUGGGAGCCAGCGAUGGUGCGGAUCAACGCCCUGACUGCAGCCUCGGAGGCUGCAUGCCUUAUCGUGUCUGUAGAUGAAACCAUCAAGAACCCUCGCUCGACCGUGGACGCGCCCCCAGCUGUUGGCCGGGGCCGAGGUCGUGGCCGCAUCCAUUGAGUGGCAUCCCACCCGUCACCUAACUGGCUGGCAGGUUGGCUGCCGGGCAAGCUUACCUACACCUUACUCUCCCUGUCUUGUCUUGGCUAAAUGGUAUGAGAAAGGGGUCGGGAGGGAUUGGCCCACCCUGUUCUAACUGGCGGCUAUUUAAAUAAACUUCGAAUUCACUUUGCAAAUUA